AUGCAGUCGCUUACGUUUACUAGUCGCACGGCUUUAGCUGGUUCGACUCGAAUGGCUUCGACGUCUUCGCAGACCAAAAAGGUUGUCCGCGGUAGAGGUCAACUUUCGGUCACGAACAUGGCCGCGAAAGAUUUAUACUUCAACGCGCAAGAUGGGUUGGCGUUGAAAAAGAUGCAAAAAGGGGUCGAUAAGCUCUCCCACGUCGUCGGCGUCACCUUAGGUCCGAAAGGGAGAAACGUCGUGUUGGAAUCCAAGUUUGGUUCGCCGAAGAUUGUCAACGACGGGGUGACCGUGGCGAAGGAAGUUGAAUUAGAAGAUCCGGUGGAAAACAUUGGCGCGAAGUUGGUGAGACAAGCGUCGCAAAAAACGAACGACCAAGCUGGUGACGGUACGACUUCUGCGACUGUAUUGUCUGCGGCGAUGAUUACGGAAGGUAUGAAGAUUGUCAUGGCGGGAACGAACCCGGUCCAAUUGACGAGAGGUAUGGAAAAGACCGUAACGAGGUUGAUUGUUAAAUUGAAGGAGUUGUCAAAGGAAGUUGCGGACGAGGAAUUGGCGAGCGUUGCUGCGGUUUCUGCUGGGGGUAACUUGGAAGUUGGUGAGAUGAUUGCCGCGGCAAUGGCGAGAGUUGGUCGCAAGGGCGUGAUUACGCUCGAAGAAGCGAGAUCGGUCGAUAACAACCUGAUCGUCGUCGAAGGUAUGCAAUUUGAAAGAGGUUUCAUUUCUCCGUACUUCGUCACCGACCAAGAAAGAAUGAUCUGCGACUACGAGCAAUGCAAAUUGCUUUUAGUGGACAAGAAAAUCUCCUCGGCGAGAGAUAUGAUUAACAUUCUCGAAGCGGCGAUCAAAGACUCCUUUCCGCUUUUGAUCAUCGCGGAAGACAUUGAACAAGAAGCCAUGGCGACCUUGGUCGUGAACAAAUUGAGAGGUGCGUUGAAAGUGUGCGCGUUGAAAGCCCCGGGCUUCGGCGAGAGAAAAUCGCAGUACUUGGAAGAUAUUGCCAUUUUGACUGGCGGUACUGUUGUCAAGGAAGAGCUCGGCUUAUCUUUGGACAAGGUUGGCACGGAAGUUUUGGGUAAUGCGGCGAGAGUGACGCUCGGCAAAGAGUCGUGCACAAUCGUUGGUGAUGGGUCCACAGAUUUGGAAGUCAAAGCGAGAGUGAAACAAAUUAACCGCUUGAUUGAAGUCCAAGAAGCAGAAUAUGAAAAAGAGAAAUUGAGUGAACGUGCGGCGAGACUUUCCGGCGGCGUCGCCAUCAUCCAGGUUGGCGCGCAAACUGAAACUGAACUCAAGGAGAAAAAGUUGAGAGUUGAAGAUGCUUUGAACGCGACGAAAGCCGCGGUCGAGGAAGGCAUUGUCAUUGGUGGGGGUACAACCUUCUUGAAGCUUGGUCAGUUCGUCGACGGUAUCAAGGAUGAAUUGGACAACGACGAACAGCGAUUGGGCGCGGACAUCAUCAAGAGAGCGUUGUCUUAUCCGAUGCGAUUAGUCGCGUACAACUCUGGCGUCAACGGUUCCGUCACGGUCCAAAAAGUCUUGAGCGAAAAUAACCCGGAUUACGGUUUCAACGCCGCCACCGGUAAGUUUGAAGACUUGAUGAAGUCUGGCAUCAUCGACCCGACUAAGGUUAUCCGAUGCUGCUUAGAAAACUCUGUUUCCGUCGCGAAAAUCUUCUUGACGUCCGAUGUUGUCGUCUGCGAGAUUCCGGAAGGCGAAGAAGCGCAGACUGCCGGUGCCGGUGCUCUCGACAACUCCGGUUACGGCAUGUAA